AUCCCUAUUGAUGGAGAGGUGUGUUUGUAGUGUUGGUGAAGUGGUGAGACAGAGGAUGAUAGAAAACAUAGAAUGAUGAUUGGAUAAUGUAAAAAUGGCUGGUGUUAGUGAUUGUUUCGGUAUAGGAAGUAUUGUGUAUUGUAAAACAUGUUAUAAUAAGGAAAUUGAAGGAGAGGUUCAAGCAUUCGAUCCUCAAACAAAAAUGCUUAUACUAAAAUGCUCAUCAUCUAGUGGAAAGGCAUCGUUGAAUGAUGUACAUGUAGUGAAUUUGUCCUUAGUAAGUGAUGUACAAGUAAGAAAAGAAGUCAAUAUUUCCCCCGUACAUCAACCAGCAUUAAAUUUGCAGAGAUUGAACACUAGAGUAAGAAAUCAGGUUGAAGAAAAGAGAAGGUUAGUGACAGCAUUAGCAGCAGGAGUUUCACCCGAUGGCCAAAAAUUAUUCCUCACCAUUUGUAAAACAAUAAACGAAGUAACAUGGCAAGGACCAAAUAUAGUUGUCUUGAAUCAAGUUACUAUCACUCCCCCUUAUAGACCUGAAAAUGUUAUUGGCAAUGCUGAUAGCAAAGCGUUCAAUCAUAUUAAAAAAGUGGUGGAGAAACAUGUGAAAGAUCAGCAGCUGAUAGCAGCGAAUUUGCCCGAGAAUAAUACAUCUUCACCGCCUUCCUCAUCACCAUCCCAGUAAAGCCGCAAGCGGAAUAUCGGCUUUACCUUCAUAGAACAUUUCUAAAAGUUGGCUUUUCUUGUGGCCAGGAAGACCAUGACGUCUUGUUAGCUAUAACGAGAAGCCAAAUAAAUCCUGUAGGGCUUAGAAAAGUAUGAACUGUUGAUCAAAAUUGUGUUAAAUGCAAUUUGUAUUACUUUUGAAACUAUUCACCAUUCAUAGUUAUGGUGUUUUCUGCUGCCGAAUAUUCCUUUAGUAAUAAUUUUCUAUAACUAUUUUAAAAAAUAUUGAACCGUAUUUAUUCCUCUAAUAUUGUAUGAAUCAUCCAAAGGGCACUUAUAAGGCCGAAUGUUGAUUUUCAGAUUGGAUAACUUUAUACCGAUAGAUUCAACACCUAUUCAGUUCUAAUUUAUCAGUCUAUUUAUUAAUUUAUUAAAACUUUAAACUGUGUUAAUAAUGAUAUAAAAAUUGUAUGGAAGGUAGUAAUUUCACCUAAAUAAUCUUAGCUCUUAAAAUAAUCUAAUAUUGUAUUUUUUACAAUAUUUUCAGUAGGUGUUGACUUCAGAGUUUUAGAAUCAUUAAGCUUUUUUAUCAUCCUUGGCUUGUCUUGAAUUGUUACUCUGAAAACAUUGGAAAACUCAUUUCAGCAGUCUUUAGGUCUGAUUAUACCUAAAACUAUAUUGUAAAGGCUGAUUAUCAUCAAAUUAUAUUAUACAAAAAUUAUGUUCGUAUUGGUUUACCACAAGUUCGAAAAAAAUCCAAUUCCCAAAAUUCUACUAAUAUUAAUAUCGGUACUUGUAUCCCAAUGUUGAAAAUGUAAUUGUUGAAACUGUAAAUUUGAUUCAAUCGUUUUGUUGUUUUUUUUUAUUGAAAAUUCCAUCUGUCAAUUCGUAUUUAUUAUAGUACUUAUUGCAGUAACUGUUUUGUUGUCAUUGAAACUUCCUACAACAAUAGGCUAAUAAAUCAUUUUUGUAGUCUACAUUCAUCAACCGAUCCAGCCAAAGAUUAAAUAUUUUCUUUUUUUUUUGUUAACGAAUAAGUUCAGUAGGUUGAUUAUUCAAUGAAUAGUCAAAUGAGGAAAGCAUUCAGUACAUUUUAUUGAGAGGAAAUUUAUAGAAACUUUGUUGAUGUUAUCGUUAGAUCAGUUCCGUUUUCUGUGUUUAUUAUCUAAAAUUAUUAAAACAUUUUCAAUAAUACCAG